GGACCUAGUUGGCCGAGCUCUCCCUGGAUGGAAGCUCCUGCGACGGAGUGAUGGUGGCGGCAGCGAAGAUGGGCCGGGCAGGGACCAUGGCGGUGGCAGCAGAGGUGGCAGGGGCGGGGUGGCUGGCGAUAGAGGCGGCUCUGGUCUUCAGGGGGCUGUAAGCGGAGGAAUGGCUCGGGCCAGCGGCGUGAACAGCAGCGAGGAGGCCUGGGGGGCACUUCGGUCGCCGCAACAGCAGCUUCGAGAACUGUGUCCCGGAGUGAACAACCAGCCCUACCUCUGUGAGAGCGGUCACUGCUGUGGGGAGACGGGCUGCUGCACCUACUACUACGAGCUUUGGUGGUUCUGGCUGCUCUGGACUGUCCUCAUCCUCUUUAGCUGCUGUUGCGCCUUCCGUCACCGACGGGCUAAGCUCCGGCUGCAACAACAGCAGCGGCAGCGUGAGAUCAACUUGUUGGCCUACCAUGGGGCAUGCCACGGGGCUGGCCCUGUCCCUGCUGGUUCAGUGCUUGACCUCCGCCUCCUCAGCGCCUUCAAACCGCCAGCCUAUGAGGAUGUGGUCCACCGCCCGGGCACACCACCACCUCCUUACACUGUGGGCCCCAGCCGCCCCUCAGCCGCUUCCAGUGAAUGUACCCACAGCUCUCCGACAUCCAGCAGCCCUACCCACUGCGAGGGAACCAAUGUGGAAGGUGUCCCAAGCCACCAGCAUGACCCCCCUCACCAGGAGGGUAUGCCUAGGGUUGGAGUGAGCUCUGCCUCCACACCCCCAUGCCGCUACCGCCGUCUGACUGGUGACUCUGGCAUUGAGCUCUGCCCCUGCCCAGACUCCAGUGAAGGCAGCGAGCCUGUCAAAGAGGCAAGCUCUCUUACCACCACUCCCCAUCUGGAGCACCACUCCCCUUGUGUACUGCCCCCAACUUCUAUACUCCACGUCUCUCCUGUGGGGCUGGCUUCAGGUGAAGGGGACAUCCCCGAGUAGUUUUGGGAGGGAGCUGGGCAGGUUUCUUGCUCACCCAAAACAGCCCUGGUCCCCAACUCCUGGAAUUCUCCUUGACCCUGCCCUUUCUAGAAUCUGCCUAGAGGCUGGAGCCCUUAAGAGAGGCAGUGUCUGGGGGAACUG